GAGACUGAGGAAUAUUACCCGGUGCAGAAAUACCACGAUGGACGACGAAAACAGGCAGAAUCCUAUCACGAUCUGAAGCACAAGUGUUGCUUCAAAUGUAACCAACCGUGGGAGCUUCCUCCAACAGAAUUCGGUAGGAGACACGCGAGAAGGACGAAAGAUCAGGUGCAACACUGUCCUUCCUGUCACUGUCCGCCAGAAGCGGUGAAAUAUUCGAUCGGAAGAACAAACUGUUCCAAGAAUAUGGACGCCGUUUUGAACGAGUACGAACACUUGUUGACAAGUCCAGCGAAUCAAACGUUCAAGAGAUCGCAGAGUAGCCCAUUGUCGCCGAGAUUGUACGGUGUAGUACCGCCGUGUAAUAACGCAGCAUACGCUCAUCAUCAUCCACGAAAGAGGCAAACGAGCCGACAUCGGCGCCAGUGCAGGAACCAGCAGGAGCAAGUCCUCUCGAUUACGAAGAAUUCGUUGCAUCCUGCCGGGAAUGGCAAUGGGAAUUUUUAUCCGCGAUCUAUGAAGAACAACUGCAAGAAGGAGGAUUAUUAUAUAAGGGGAGACGAUCAGGCGAUGACGGGGAUCAUGAAGGCCAUAGACGUGGACAACGAAACUGUGGAAAAGUGUGCGCAGUACAAGAAGGAGCGAAUUUUGAAACCAGAGCCACGAACAACAAGACAUCACAUUGAUAAGACAAACAAAAUAAACGUGGACGAGAGAUACGAUUUCGGAGACCAUAAGAACGAUGGCUGGUUAUAUACACGAGGUAGAUUGAGAUUCAAUUUAUCCAAACACGAGGGUGCGAAUAAAAUGGAGGAGGAGGGCUUUGAGAAUGAUCGGAACGCGCAAGUGAAAAAUAAAUCUAACGUCCAAUCGAAUAAAGUCUCUAUUUUAAAAGGCUGUGGCUCGCAGACUUCCUCGAAGAAUAGGAAUCUUGAGGAUCUGUCCAAGCACAAAGUUUCGCCAAUGGAAGCGAAUGAUUAUACGAAAGAGGGGAAUCUGCCGAAAAAAGUGGAGAAUCGAUUAAUUUGCAAACCACGCCAGCGAUCUCCUGUUCGACAAAACUCUCCUCGAAGUCCUGGCAAAGAAUCGACCAGCAAUUCUGAAGAGAGUAGAGACGAAAGCUCGUGCUGCGAGCUGGCAGUUAAGGACGAAGACCAAGAAUCUCCUAACAGGAAGAACAUUUACGCAGGUGGAGAUCUCGAUCUCGAUCUGGAUCUUCGCGCGACCAAAACUUAUAUCGUCGAUCUGAUCGACCGAGUUCUCAGCAAGAAAUUCGCCAUGUCGCCGGGCCAACCAAAGAACGAAGAGUCGAGUCGGGAAUUAACGGAAGAAGGAUUUUCCAUAGAAAUAGUACGCGCGUUGCGCGGUGAUUGUUGCGAGGAUCUGUCAUCAACCCAUCACGAAACACCGGCUGAAUGUAUCAAGCAUUUGAAAAACCUCCGCUGGAAACACAUGCAACAUAUUCAGGACGAGUUUAAGAAGCUGUGCGAUCUGCAGAAGUUUCUGGACGAAUAUUCACCGAGGCAGUCGUUACCUCCGUUUCAAUCACAUUUAGGUGCAAUGGAGCAAAGGGUUGAGGAACGACAGCAACAGCAACAGCAACAGCAACACGAGGAGAAGCAGAAUUUGGGAACGACAUCGUGA